GUCGCUUUCGUUUCGUCUAGCUUGAGAAUUACUUCGCCAGAACAAAAGAGCAGGGUUGGGGUUGUUGAGGAAACUUCCCAUUUUCCCCCUUUCACUUUUUUGUUUCUUCGUCAACCUUAACAAUUUUCCCUAAUUUCUUCAAUUUUUAAUUUUUUGAUUCGAUUUGAUCUAGUCUUCAUGGCCACCACCGGAAACAAAAACAUCAAUGCCAAAUUGGUGUUGCUUGGAGAUGUUGGGGCUGGAAAGUCUAGUCUUGUGUUGCGCUUUGUUAAAGGGCAGUUUGUUGAAUUUCAGGAAUCAACUAUAGGCGCUGCCUUUUUCUCACAAACGUUGGCUGUAAAUGACACCACUGUAAAGUUUGAGAUUUGGGAUACUGCAGGUCAAGAGAGGUACCAUAGCUUGGCACCAAUGUACUACAGAGGGGCUGCAGCUGCCAUUAUUGUAUAUGAUAUAACAAAUCAGGCCUCGUUUGAGCGGGCUAAGAAAUGGGUUCAAGAGCUUCAAGCACAAGGCAAUCCAAAUAUGGUUAUGGCACUUGCUGGGAACAAAUCUGAUUUGCUGGAUGCAAGGAAGGUCACACCGGAGGAAGCACAAGCUUAUGCUCAAGAGAAUGGACUAUUCUUUUUGGAAACCUCUGCAAAAACAGCAUCUAAUGUCAAUGACAUUUUCUAUGAAAUAGCAAAGAGAUUACCUCGGGUGCAGCCAGCACCAAAUCCGUCAGGAAUGGUUCUCAUGGAUAGACCCGCAGAAAGGACAGCAAGUGCAUCCUGUUGCUCUUAGGUACUUGGGUGGUGGUGGUUGCUCUUAGGUACUUGGGUGACGGUGGUCAUUGCUACUGCCCGGCUACUUGUAUCUUCUGAUAGCUCCUGUAAUGCUUGCUAGAAUUCAAAGUCUAUCAUCUUUCCAAGUUUCCUUCAUGUAUUAUUAAUUUGAAAAUCACUGUGCAUGCACACUCAUUGCUUGUGCUUUCCAGUAACUGCACCGUAGGGAUUGCUUCUGCUUUUUUGUUUUAAAACCAUAUUGGUUUGAAUGUAGAUAAUUGUGUUCUUAUCA